CGGCGCAGGCAGGGCUCGGCCGGGCAGGCGGGGUCGUGUCGCCACCGGGGAGGCAGUGGCAUCGUUCCCGCCGAGAGGAGGCGCUUCCGGCGCCCACCGCAGCCGCUUUGCGGGACCCUAGGGACGAUCCCAACCUUUUAAGCGAGUCCUUCAGCUGAGCACUGAAACGUUGUGCGGACUGAAGUCUGUAGAGUAGUCAAAGUAGGAGACAACCCAGAUGUUUGACAUCCUUUCACUUAAUUGAAACCAAAAGGAAAGUAACAUUUGCAUUCAGUGUUGCACACUAAAAUGGGAAAGAGGAUCUGCAGCAGCUGUGUUCCUGAUCUACAUCUCCUCUAAUAAUCAGAGAGCACUGAAGUCUCUGAGGGCAUCUCUUAUAAAACUGAAUAUACUUCAGCCAGUAGCAAGAGCUAUUAUGACUUACAUUGCGAAAAAGUGUGGCAUUUGCUUUCAGCCUCCAUCCAUUAUUCUUAUCUAUAAAGAGGAAGACAAGGAUAAAACUCGCCAGCGUAUCAUGCCUAUCCGAAAUUUCUCAAAGUUCUCAGACUGUAGCAGAGCAGCUGAACAGCUGAAGAAUAACCCUCGGCACAAAGCUUACCUGGAAGGAGUCUCACUACGUCAGCUAAAGAAGUUCUAUGGUUUGCUGAAAGGUCAUUUAGGAGGACAGAGUCUGGCUGAGAGCUUGGAACAGAUUCAUCGGGAAGAGACCAUUGAUCCAGAAGAGGAUAUGAACAAAUUAGAUGACAAGGAACUAGCCAAAAGGAAGAGCAUCAUGGAUGAGCUCUUUGAAAAGAAUAGAAAGAAGAAAGAUGAUCCAGAUUUUAUCUACAAUGUUGAGGUUGAAUUUCCACAGGAUGAGCAGCUAGAGUCCUGUGGUUGGGAUGUGGAGUCAGGUGAAGAAAUCUGAUUAUGGACAAAGAUUUCAUAGAUGGAAAGGUCAGAGAGAAAACCUAAAUUCCUAACAUAGACUGCUGUUAUUGUACUUCUAUUCUAUUCUAUUCUACUGCAUCACUUUCAAUUCCUGCAAUUGAUGCAUAUUAUAUUGACUAUGGGGAAUCGAAGGGCUAAGAUGUUACAGUAAUUUCAGAUUUAAAUAAAGUUUGUUUUAAAAGUCCAACUUGAUGAAAUGGAAAUGGGCUAGCUGAACUUGAGUUUUUUUCAUCUUUACAUAUUCACAAUGCCUAAGUAACUUUAAAUCAUUCAUCUACCACUUCUUUACAUUUCAGUCAGCUUUGGCAGAAGACCUCACCAACUUGUAUUGCUAUGAUUUCUGUUCAUCUUCAUCUUAAAAUGAAGUGUUAAAUAUUUAUAUCUUGAAAGCAAUGCUCAAGUUUUAUUGCAUAGCUGUGGUAUUUAUUGUUACUUGUUGGAAUGUUAAAUAUAUAUUAGUCUAUUUUCUGGAUAAAGUCAACAUUGCAAUGAGAAUGUUGAAUAUUCAUAUGAACUUUCGUAUGUCCUGAGUGAUGCUUAAAUCUGCAGCCGCAGGUUACACAAAUAUAAAUUCUUAUAUUUAAGAAACAGAAUAUUUAGAAAAUAAGUUAGUUCUGACAGUACUCUUGAAAAUACAGUGAUUGUGAGUUGAUAAAAUAAAGUGUCUACUUUGAACUACUA